AAAAAAAAAAAAACUUAGCAAUGCCCACCACCACCAACCUAAACUAACGACGUCGUCUUGAGCUGGCAAGCGUUCUUCUUCAGCGUUCGUUCUGGUUCUGGUUCAGGGCAGGUAGCUAAAGCUCUUCUUCUCCCCCAUAUUAGCUGAAGGCUGAAAGCUCAGGGGAUACCAUUUCCAAGGGAAGCCAACAAACCAGUCCCUUCCUAGAACUCCAAUCAAAUCCUACGGGUAAAAAGUAUGGAUUCCGAUACACCUGAUUCCCAAACCGUAACCACCGAAACACCUCAUCCCCAAACCGUAACCACCGAAACACCUGAUUCCCAAACCGUAACCACCGAGACACCUGAUCCCCAAACCGUAACGACUGACCUGGAAACCCUAACCCUCUCCAACGAUCCAUUGACGGACCAGUUCGGUUCCCUCAAUGACGUGGCCCAUGAGCUCGCCUCCCUCCAGGACCUUGCCACGCGCGGCUCAUGGCGCUCCAUCCUCGACAAGGUGGCCCGGGCUCGAGCCCAAUCUCUCCUCCACAAACCCCACGACCACCUCGUUUAUUUCACCUACAACGUGCUUGCCUUGACUAAACUACGCAGGUUCCCCGAAGCCGCUGCCGAGAUCGAUUCCUUAGAGGACCUCGACAGCUCUCGCUACCAGUACGAGUCGUAUCCAAAAGUGUACCCAAACCGGGUUGGGUCCAUGGUACCCUUCUCCCUCCGGUGGCUUUAUGCCUUAAUGCCCAUCAAGUUGGGCCAGCGACAAGAUGGUCUGGACCGGCUCUACUGCUUGUUAGAUUUUGUACGGAGCAAAAUAAAAGAAACACAAAAAAAUGGGAGUGUCUCUGUGUGGAAGAGAAGGGAGGUGUUUGUAAUGAAUGGUAUAAUUGGGGUCCAUUUGAGCAACAAGGAGGUAUCUGUGUGCUUGAGCUUGAUCAAUGACUUGCUUAACCGUGAUUACACAGAUCCAGUAUUGGUGUCGAAACUAGGUUACAUUCAGAUGCAAAUGGGAGACUUAGAAGGAGCUAAGAGCUCCUUCAACGUGGUCCAAGGAUUGGUGGAGAAUGAGGAUGAGGCGAGCAACGAGUUUAAGAACAUAGUAAGUAGGAACAAGGCCUUGGUGUACAUGGUGGGGAAGGACUAUGUGUCUGCAGUGAGGGAGUAUGAGGAGUGCAUUGAGAGGGAGCAUAACGACAUCGUGGCCAUCAACAAUAAGGCACUUUGCUUGAUGUACUUGCGGGACCUGUCAGAUUCGAUCAAAUUGAAUGAAACCGUUGUGGUGAAUUUGUGUAGUAUGUACGAGUUGGCUUACGUUAAUCAUUCUGAUAUUAAGAGGACACUGAAUAGCUGGAUUGCCAGGGUUGCUCCUGAUGAUUUUGAUUCAUCAUCUACGAGGAUUUGAUUAUAGGUAGUUUCACACCCUUCUCAUUUGGGCUUAUGGAUUCUAGUGUGUCACACAUUGUUGAAUGAGUUUGGAGUUUUUAGGAUAAGAUUCAGUUUUUGAUAGAUGUAACUUGAUUUGAAAAGAAUUAUCCACUUCUUUGGAUGUUUUAUGAGUUUGGAAAUAGUGAUGAUCAUUAUAUUUUAUUGACUACA